AUGAAUCGUACCAAUAAACCAACAACAGCAAGCAAACCACAACAACCUCGUAGAAAUAAACCAAUGUCUGCCGGAAAGAAGAGAAAGAUGGAGGAGGCAGCACUGAAUGCACCAACACAACAACAGAAAAAAGUUGUAGUUACGGAAACUGAGGAAUAUAAUUCAGAUGAUGAGAAAAUUAUUCUCCAUCCUAUUGUUGAAUUUUUGGAGCAGUGGAAGAAUGAUAGAAGUAAUUGGACAUUUGAUGGUACAAAACAAAGAACACUUAUUAAUCAAUGUUUAAAUGCACAAAUUAUUGAUGGAAAACGAUUCAAAUAUUUUCUUGAAUAUGUAGCUCCACUAGUUGGUUUUGACCGUGUGAAAUUAUUUGAAACUUGUAGAGAAUAUGUCAAGACUCAAAGAGCUGCUGCUCAAAAGAAUGCUCUCCAUACACUCCCAUCAAAGGAAAGAAAAUUAGUACUUACCGAUAAGUCAAUCAGAGCAAAAUGUGUCAAUGAAAUGAAAGAUAUUCUUCAAGACAAUAAGAGAUAUAAAAGGGCCAAGACAGUUAUGCGUGUUCUUAAGGCAACUGACAAGGAUAGUGGAUCUAGAUAUAAUUUAGAGGAUUUUUCAGAUGUUCGUGAUACUGAUUAUGAAGAAAAGAAUAAUGUUGUUGAAAAAUCAAAGAAUGAAAAUGGUGAAGAAGAAACUAAGGAAAAUGUCAAUAGUGAUAAUGAAAGCAGCUCUAGCUCUGAUAGCAGUAGUAGUAGCAGUGAUGAAGAAUAA